ACUAUUAUAGUUCGAAUUUUUACCAUCUACAUUGUGGCCACUUACUAGUAUGUAAUCCAGAAAAAUAAGGAACAAUUAUUAAUUAAAUUUAGGUUGCGAACGGGGAUGGUCCUGGACCUGGACCUGGACUAUAAGAAGGCCGGGCCCUUGCAAGAUCGGAAGCCCUGGCUGCCAUGGCUUCAAUGGCGCGCGAUGAUGUUCGUUCAAGUGGACUGUCUCUGUCCGCCAUACUUUGAUGGUCUAGCAAAUAGCCAAAUAGCUAUAAACCAUCAGAUCACAACACAGCACAGCAGGCGUAUGAUUAUGAAGAAGAAGAAGUGAAGAAGGUUUUGGGGGCGGUUGCUAUGGCGGAAGAUCACAAGUCGUCCUCAUGCUUCAACAUUCUAACUUCUCUGCCCCCCACCUACACUUAACUCAACACUAUCCAUUCGUUCAUUCGUCUACCUACGUCUACGUUUGUCAUUUCUCGAAUCCUUCAAAUAAUUUGAUUCUCAGCCAUUCCUUUACUUUUUUUUCUAUAUUUGAUUCGAUUCCACUCGAACCUCCAAUAGAUUAAUCAUCCGAUCGAUUCUGCUCCUCCUACCCCAAACCUACGCCUACCCCUACCCCUACCCCUCCCCCUCCCUUCCUCUUUCUGUCUUUUCUGCCAAUUUCACCUCUGCCAUUUCUCUGCAUAUACAUAUAUAUAUAUAUAUAUAUAUUUAGGCGUGUCGGAGCAUUUGAAUAAGGAAAUUCGAGGGCGGGGACCUGGCCGGAGAUAUUAAAGCAUUCCUCGUGAAAGCGAAGGCUCUCAGAGCCAAUUUGAGGCAAUAGCAAGAGCACAUCCAAUUCCAAGGCUGUGUUGAGUUGAUUCUAACCUUGAAUUCCGAUGCCUGAAUUCAUCAUGGAUGGAUCCAAAUCCAAAUCCAAUGGUGAGAUUUUUUCCAAGGAUCAUGAACAACAGCAUUACAUCUUCUCCGAUAGGUCUCCUAGAAGUCCAUUGAGCACACACAGCGCACCUCCUUUGAGCACCGAGGCCAACUCUCUCGAUCUAGCCAUUGAUGGAGCAGUCGACACCUCAAUCGACCAGCUGUACAACAACAUAUGUGAGAUGCAGAGCUCCGAUCAGUCUCAAUCCAGGCGCAGCUUUCUGUCCUAUGGCGAAGAGUCGCGCAUCGAUUCUGAACUAAGGUUCCUUGUUGGAGGAGAUUACGAUAAUCUAAUGGAGGUUAAGAAGGAAGUUGUCUCUGAGCAUGGCAAUGGAGAAGAUAACCACAAACUUGAAUAUGCCAGUGAUGUUGUUGUUAAUCCUUCAAGCAAUAAGUCCAUGUCCCCGGCGCAGGCGAGAAAGUUUUCUACGAGUUUGAAAAGCAAAACAUUCGGCGGGAGGCCACCAAAUGGAAAGCAAACCAUCAAGGGUACGAAGAAGCUGAACACCAUUUCCUCAAUGAAGAUUGAGAAAAGUCCUCCACUUGCAGGUGCUAAAAUGCAGAAUGGAGGGGAUGACAAUCACGGCGAAACAGGGUAUCUCGGGCCGUAUCUACUGAAGCAGGCGAGGGACAUAAUAGUGUCGGGGGAUAACUAUCAGAAGGCUCUCGAACUGGCUCUCCGGGCAAUGAAAUCCUUCGAGGUUUCCUCAAGUGAAAAGUCGAGUUUAGAUUACGUUAUGUGUCUGCACAUUGUGGCCGCGCUUUACAGCCGUUUAGGGCGAUACGCCGACGCCAUCCCCAUUUUGGAAAGAUCGAUCGAUAUUCCAGUGAUGGAUUUGGGCCACAAUCACGCUCUUGCAAAGUUUGCAGGUUGCAUGCAGUUGGGGGAUACAUAUGCGAUGCUCGGGCAGAUCGAGAAUUCGUUGCUGUUCUACACUGCGGGUUUGGAGAUCCAGCGACAAGUGUUGGGAGAAAACGAUCCUCGAUUUGGCGAAACUUGCAGAUAUUUGGCUGAAACUCAUGUUCAAGCAAUACAGUUUGAUGAAGCAGAGAAGCUCUGUUUAAUGGCUCUUGAUAUCCAUAAAAAGAACGGCAUGUCGGCUUCUCCCGAGGAAGCUGCAGACCGAAGACUUCUCGGGCUGAUCUGUGAUUCGAAAGGGGAAUAUGAGAGGGCGCUCGAGCAUUAUGUUCUCGCCAGCAUGGCAAUGGCUGCCAACGGGCAGAACGAAGAUGUCGCCGCCAUAGACUGCAACAUUGGCGACGCGUAUUUAUCCUUGGCACGCUACGACGAGGCGAUUUUCGCGUAUCAGAAAGCUCUAAACAUGUUUAAGUCGUGCAAAGGAGAGAAUCAUCCCUCGGUUGCUUCGGUUUACGUUCGAUUGGCGGAUUUGUACAACAAGAUAGGGAAGUUCAGCGAGUCGAAAUCCUACUGUGAAAACGCUCUUCGAAUUUACAACAAGCCGAGCCCCGGAAGCCUUCCAGAGGAGAUUGCUAGUGGGUUGGUCGAUAUUUCAGCUAUAUACGAGUCGAUGAAUGACCCGGACCACGCGUUGCAGAUGCUUCAAAAGGCGGUAAAAGUGUAUGGCAAUGCACCAGGACAAGUGAGCAUAAUUGCAGGGAUUGAGGCUCAAAUGGGAGUCUUGCACUACAUUUUGGGAGAUUAUUCGGAGUCUUAUAAGUCUCUGAAGAAUGCGACAACGAGGUUUAGAUCGACGGGAGAGAAGAAAUCGGCUCUUUUCGGGAUUGCCCUUAAUCAGAUGGGGCUUUCUUGUGUGCAGCUGUUGAUGAUAAAUGAGGCUGCUGAUCUGUUUGAAGAAGCAAGAACCAUUCUUGAGGGCGAAUGUGGACCAUACCAUGCAGAUACAUUAGGGGUUUACAGCAAUCUUGCAGGAACAUAUGAUGCAAUGGGCAGGACUGGUGAUGCAGUGGAGAUAUUGGAAUAUGUAGUGGAGAUGAGGGAGGAGAAGUUGGGAACUGCAAAUCCAGAGGUGGAAGAUGAGAAGAGGAGGCUGAGUGUGCUGUUGAAGGAGACAGGAAUGGUGAGGACAAGAAAAUCAAGGUCAUUGGAGAAGCUGCUUGUCAAUAAUAAUAAUCAUAAUCAUGACAAGUUUAGGACUUAUGUUGAUGAUGAGGUUGAGGAGUAGGGUUCUUGAAUAUACAUACCAUAUUAUUUUACUUAUUUGUUCUUAUUAUUCUUUUUGUGAUUUUCUUUUGACUAGUUUGUUGGAUUGGUUGUGGUUUUGUUUUCUAUGGAAAGAGAUUAUUAAUAAUAAGGUGGAGAGAGAGAGAGAGAAGAGUGGGUAAUUAGGCAAUUCAUCAUAUGUAUGCACAUAAUGUGUAAAGUGAGGAAUUUGAAUGAGCUUUGGGUGGGUGUCAAGUGUCAAUUGUGUGUGUUGUGUUGUAUUGUGAUGUGAUGUUCCUUUGUCAACUACUAUUGUGUUUUUUUUUUUUUGUUGUGUACAAUGUUAAUGUAAUGUAAUGUGGCAGUGUUUUUCAUUUAGUUUAUUG